AUGAAACUGUACGAAGCUGCCCUAAGCGCCGUCAGCUUAAACCCGAGCCCCAUUGUUGGUGGCGAAUCGACCACCACGUCAGGGCUGUCAAACCUAAUCCGUUCCGAGUUCCGCACGAAGUGUGCAUGCGAGAAGAUAGCCGUUUGGGGAAAGGUGAAAAUUGCCAGCACCACCACCACCUCGAAAGCACCGCUGGCGCGAACACCAAGCAAAGCCGGUACAUUGUUCAGCGAGACGCUGACGGCGGCGCUGGGGAAACGGAAGAGCAAAUUUAAGGACAUCACCGAGGAGCUGAACCAGCACAUCAACAGCGAGGAAAAGGAGGAGCUGUACCAGCGGCCGCUGUUCAACGCGGACAAGAUUCGCCGGAUGAUGGAGCGCAUCAUCGAGAAGCAGUUCGACGUGGACGAGGAGGAGAUGCGGUACGUGUACAACCCGGCGAAGAACCUGAAGAUGUGCCAGAACAUCUCGAAGCAGAUCAAGGAUCGGCUGAAGGCGAUGAACUUUAAGCGCCAUCGCAUCAUCAGCAUCGCGACCAUCGUGGAAAAGCAGCAGCAAGGCAUACACUACAAAAUGAAGUACAUCCUCGAUCCGAAGCUGGACGACUACGUGCGGUUGUACCACGAAACGCCACACUUUUACAUCAUCGCCACGGUGCUGCUCGUGCACAAGGACUGA